AUGGGAUCUUCAUCACGUGAUCCUUUUGCCGAUGCAAUAGAUCAAAAUUUCAACCAAAUGAUUGAUCAAUAUCUCGAUCAAUCUUUUGCGGAAUUGUUAAGUAGUUAUGAAGAUCAGCAAAAGCCAAAGAAGACAAGAAAAAGACGGGAUUUUAUUGAAAGAAAUUGUGAGCAAGGCCAAGACGAACUAUGGAAUGAUUACUUCAGUGAGACUCCCACAUACCCUCCUGCUUUAUUUCGACGACGUUUUCGAAUGAAUAAACCAUUAUUCUUGAGGAUUGUUACUGAUCUCACCGCUAGAUUCGAGUACUUUUCACAGACGGAUGAUGCAACAGGAAGACCCGGUUUCACCACCUUACAAAAGUGUGCUGAAGCAAUUCGGCUUUUGGCAUAUGGCUAUGCGGCUGACGCGAUUGACGAAUAUCUCCGGAUGGCUGCACCUACUGCUCAUCAAGCUUUGCUGGAGUUCGUCGAAGGAAUAAUAGCUCUUUACGGCGAAAAGUACUUAAGAAGACCCGAUGCAGAAGAUCUUCAACGACUACUUCAGGAGGGAGAACAAUGUGGAUUUCCCGGGAUGAUAGGAAGCAUCGACUGUAUGCACUGGGAGUGGAAGAAUUUUCCUACCGCUUGGAAAGGCCAAUAUUCACGUGGUUCAGGAAAACCGACAAUUGUCUUGGAGGCGGUAGCUUCGUAUGAUCUCUGGAUAUGGCACGCGUUUUUUGGACCUCCACGUACCUUAAACGAUCUUAACGUUCUUGAUCGGUCACCUGUUUUUGAUGAUAUAAUUAAUGGGGUAGCUGCGCAAGUACACUUCUCUGUCAACGGGCACGAGUAUGGUUUGGCUUAUUAUCUUACAGAUGGUAUAUACCCGAGCUGGCUAACUUUUAUCCAAUCUAUUAAACUUCCAAAGGGGCGGAAAGCGAAACGCUUUGCUAAACGUCAAGAAGGUGUUCGAAAAGAUGUCGAGCGUGCUUUUGGAGUCUUGCAAGCUCGGUUUGCUAUGAGGCAUCUUAAUGGUCAAGAUGUCGAUGAUAACGACGACGCUGAAAGUGGGGAUGAAGUUUACGAUGAAGAUGAAAUUGCCGAUGAAGAUGACAUUUAA